AUGGCCAAGAGGUCACAGAAGCGAAGGGUUGAAUCUGCGCUUCCUGGCAGUAGAGCGGAGAAAGAGGACAAAGAGCGUCGUCGCUAUGCAUUGGAAUUGGGUACUAUCCUCGAAGAGGCUUGCUUACCUGUUUCUUUGCAGAUUGUGGAGCUGGAGAAGCCGGAGACAGCCUGGAUACGGAUUUGGGGCAGCCGUCGAUCAAAGACGCUGCGCAAUCGUUUCCGUGCUUGGUCCAGAUUUAGGGCAUGGAUGAUUGCGACCUACGGGUUGGUUUGGCCAAAGAACGUGACCCAGGUCAUAAACUUUGUGGAGGAGCUCAUUGACUUUGGCUGUCCCAUCUCUUUUCCUGGAGAAUUUGUGGCGGCGCUUACGCUGCUAGAACAGGUGGGCAAGGUGCUGGAGUCAAAUCGUAUUUCGAGCGAUCCACUGUUGGGUGAACAUCUGAAAAGCUGGAAGAUGACAUUAGUGAACAACAGACCGGCCAAGAGCUACUCCGGAUUCAUUCCGAAGGUGGUUGAGCCCCCGGAGCUUGCAAACUAUUUUCCAAUGGUGUUGUCCAGACUUCCAACGCCCAGAUUCCAUGACGGAAAGUGGAUCUCCAAUGAACAGCUCUGCCUGGUGCCGGAAACAACCAACUUGUUCUGGACAGGCCACAGUGCGAGGCAUUUUGCCACGCAGGCUGCUGCAGCAAUUGGGAUUGGCAAGGAACGUCGAGACUAUUUGGGACGUUGGGCCAUAGGCCGUGUGGGGAGCGAUGCGUAUCUGCACACGUCCCGGCAAGUCGUCGAGAAGGUCCAACAGGAGAUCCUGGCAUCACUUCAUGCAGAGGGGGGCUACAACGAAGACGAGCUCCUGGACGACUUCAAGGAGUUUGCAGAGAAGCAAGGCCUUGUGGGCUUUCGUGUACGGAGGAGGCACAAAGUGCUUCCGUUGAGCAAGUUGGAGCCUUGCUUGAUGUUGGCUGAGGAUUCAGAUGACAGCUUGGCAGAUGAGGAUGUGUGCCAGAGGCGAUUGGUGGCCGAGGGCCCGCCGGUGCUUGAGCCUCAGGUGGAUUCAUCUGGCAACAUCCCUCGAUACUAUAUCACCAUCUCUCGGAGGAAUGGCUUCCGAAGAUUGCACAUGUCGGGAGCAUGUCCCGUCCAGGCUUGGAAGUGCCAGGGGAUGGAAGAGGUGCAAGACAUCAAGCAGGCUGCCUUCGAUGCAGUCUGCCUCAACUGCAAGAGGAAGAUCCAGUCGCAAGAGAACGCAGAAGAGGCUGAUGAAGACAGCGAUUCUGUGGGCGAUUCUUCAUCCACUGAUUCAGACAUCCCGGAGAUGGAAGAUGCCAUCUAG